AUGACCACCUUUAGGAAAGCCUUCUUCGCCGCGCUCGUCAAGAGCCUGCUUCGCGGCAAGUCUCUGAUCCAGGCCAUCCUCGCCUUCUGGACCCAUCCCGCUGGCUCCAAGGAUCACGUCGCGCCGCAAAAGAGCCUGCAGGACUUCCUUAAGGAGGCCGAAGCAGCUCUGCUCGGGCCCGUCAGCGGUGAUGGCCUCGUCAAGCUUUCCGGUGAUCUGCGCAAACAGUUCUUCGAUGCUCUCCAGACGGAUGGAGAGUCCAUGCUGCCCUCCUACAGCCAUCAGCUGCCCACCGGCCAAGAGCAUGGUCAAUAUCUUGCCCUCGAUGUCGGCGGCUCUACUCUCCGCGUCGCCCUGGUAAAGCUGUCGGGUCGCUCGUCUGGCGCCAACAGUGACGGCGACAUUGUCAGCAUGCGGAGCUUCAAAAUCACCAGAGAUAUCAAGAACCUCGAAGGCAUGGCUUUCUUCAACUGGAUGGCCGCUAGAAUAAAGGAAACCCUGUCUUCCAGCCUUAAGCAGGACACUCAUACGGAGAAGCCGAUUCCUGUGGCUCUUGCUUGGAGUUUUCCUAUCGAGCAAACUUCACUGGGUGGUGGCAAGUUUGGACGAAUGGGCAAGGGAUUCCUCGCCGAUGUUGGUCUUCUGGGACAAGAUCUGGGCGACAUUAUCAAAAAGGCGAGCGAGAACGAGGGACUCAACGUCGAGCUGCAGGCUAUACUCAACGACUCGAGCGCGUGCCUGCUGUCUCGCGCCUACUCUCACCCUUCAACUCGCUUCGGUCUCAUUCUCGGCACUGGCGUCAACAUUGCCGCCUACAUGCCUGUCUCCACCAUGGAUCGUGCCAAGUUUGGCGUCCGUCCUACCGGCUGGUUCGACGAGGCCAGCCACGUCAUUGUCAACACCGAGCUCGGCAUGUUUGGCACCGAUAUCCUUCCCUUGACCCGAUGGGACAAGAUUCUCCUCAAGGAUCACCCCCGACCCGACUUCCAGCCUCUGGAGUACCUAGUGAGCGGCAUGUAUCUCGGCGAGAUUGUCCGCAUCGCUAUUGUCGAGGCCGUUGCGUCGACGGGCCUUCUCGGAGGCGUCCUGCCCGAGUCGCUCACCACUAAUUACGCCCUGGGAACUGACACGAUCUCCAUGAUCGGAAGUGAUUCGACAUCAGAUCUCACUGACGCCAUCAAACUGUUUUCUGAGCGCCACCCCUCCACGCAUGUCCCCACCACCUCUGACAUGGCCGCCAUCAAGGCGCUCGCUACCUUUGUCUCCGUUCGUUCCAGCGCUCUCGUUGCCACAUGCCUCUACACCCUCUGGGAUGCCCGCCUCGAGGGCGAGCGAGACCUUGUCCAGACGCUAUCUGCAGACUCUUCUCUGCGCAAGCGUGUCGAGGAGGACAUUGAGCUGGAGAAGACGACCGUCUCCUUCAACGGCAGCGUCAUUGAAAACUUCCCCGGCUAUCUCGAGAGCUGCCAGCGCUACGUGACCGAGCUGCUGCAGAGCAAUGGAUAUGCCAAGACCCGAAGCAUCGAGCUCGUUCCCGCCAAGGAGAGCUCGCUCAUUGGAGCUGCCGUCACUCUAGCAUGCAUCAACCCAGAGGCAUAG